AUGUCUAAGCUGAAUUUGGGUCCUGUCAAGGCGUUUAAUGUUAUGAAGACUUGUUUUGGCAGUUUUGAAGACGUGGGUGCAAGUAAAGUUGAAUUUAAGAACUAUAAGAGAUACUCUAUGGUGUUUGUACCGUUCACUGGUAUAGACAAUCAUCACUGCAAUGUUUCAUUUGGUGUAGCAUUGUUGGCGUCGAAAACUGCUGAUACGUAUAUUUGGUUGUUAAGAGUUUUUCUAAAAGCUGUUGGUUCUCAACCAAAAGUUGUUGUCACUGAACAAGAUCCAGCGAUGAAGAAGGCUAUUUCUGUUGUCUUUGUUGACACGAGGCAUCGGUUAUGCAUGUGGCAUGUGAUGCAUAAACUUUCUCUGAAGGUUGGUGUUAGGUUAUGCAAUUCCACCAAUUUUAAAGAACGUAUUUGUGGUGUUGUGUGGACGGAUAUUCUCACACCUGAAGAGUUUGAAUCAGAAUGGGAAACGGUUAUCGCAGAAUUCAAUUUAGAAGAUAAUGACUGGCUAUCUGAUAUUUUUGCACUUAGGGAAUCUUGGAUCCAUGCAUACUAUAGAAUGGAGCAUAUGUCUGGUCUUAUGCGAACGACAUCCAGGUCGGAGAGUGAGAAUCAUUUUUUUGGUCAAGUGUGCAAUUCGAAAGUUACUCUUGUUCAGUUCAUGACACAUUAUGAGACUGCAAUAGAAGCACAGUAUCACACACAUCGUAAUGAUCAUGUAUCUCGAUACAAAAGACCCCAGUUGAAGAGUAGUUACAAAUUGUUGGAAGGGCACGCUGUUGAUAUAUACACAGAAAGUAUUUUUUGUGAUGUUCAAGCUGAGCUUAUUGGAGUUGCGGAUUGCAUAAAUCAACGUUACGAAGAUCAGCCUGAUGGGUUUGUUAAGUUUUACGUAAAUGACUUCCAACAGCCUUAUAAACAUUCUAUGCAUGGCGUUAUAGAGAUAUUGUUUUUGGCGUUUUUCAGGGAAUUUCCAAAACAAUACAUUCUGAAUAGAUGGCGCAAAGAGGCCUCCCCAAACUGCUCUCCUGAAUUCUCAAUUAGUCGUGAAUAUAUGACCGAGCUUGAUCCUGAUGUGCAAAGUAUGAUGGGAGAUAUUAUUUAUUCAACCGAAUACACUUUGAAUCGUUUAUCUGGUAAUAAAGAGGAGCUAUCCUUAUACAAGGAUAAUGUUCAAUCUUAUAUGAAGAAGGUUCAAGAUAUGCAGAUUGUUGCUCAUCCCGCUAGUUCUAGGGAUAGAUUUGCCGAGAUAACUGGUCAAUAUAAAAACGACAAGAAUCCGAUAAGAGUCCCUGUAGGUUAUAAAUCCAAAGGUUCUGGUUCUCGGAAGCACCUGAAAUCUAAACAGGAGAUAGCAAUCGACAAAAAGAAAUCAAAGUCGAAACCCGGGGCCAAAGAAACACAGUGUCAGAACUGCAAAGCCUAUGGACAUUACGCUUCAACAUGCAAACAGGCCGUAAUUAAAAGAAGAUCGACAAGGUCUUUGAGAGCCAGUGAAGAGUAG